CGCUGAGUCCCUUCCGGCUGCUAGGAGCCGGAAGUGGAGCUUAAGCUUCCCAUGAUGCUCGGCGCGGCGUCUGUUUUAACCGCAGGACGACUAAGCUGGCUGUCGCGAUGGCUACUUCCUGGCCUGAGAUUCUGUCGGAGAUGUCCCCUGCUGAUGCCCCCAAUUUAGACUGGUAUGAGAAGUCAGAAGAAACUCGUGGACCCCAGGUAGAUAUCGAGCCGGUCAUCACGUCAGCCCAGGAACCUUCCAAUCCUUCGGAGUCCUUUUGCCCAAGAGGCUUGGUGCCGGUGGUGUUUCCUGGGCCCGUGAGCCAGGAAGGCUGCUGCCAGUUUACUUGUGAACUUCUAAAGCAUGUCAUGUACCAACGCCAACAGCUCCCUCUGCCCUACGAGCAGCUAAAGCACUUCUACCGAAAGUCUUCUCCCCAGGCAGAGGACACAGCAAGGAAGAAACCUCGGGUCACCUCUGAGAUGAACAGCAGGAAGUGUCAGCAGGCUCUGGCAGAACUAGAGAGCGUCCUCAGUCACCUGGAAGACUUCUUUGCCCGAACACCAGUACCGCGAGUGUUGAUCUUGCUUGGAGGCAAUGCCCUCAGCCCUAAGGAAUUCUACGAACUCGACUUGUCCAGGCUGGCCCCCUUCAGUGUGGACCAGAGUCUGAACACGGCCUCUUGUUUGCGGCGUCUCUUCCGAGCUAUCUUCCUAGCCGAUGCCUUUAGUGAGCUGCAGGCUCCUCCCCUCAUGGGUACUAUUGUCAUGGUACAGGGGCACCGUGACUGUGGAGAAGAUUGGUUUCGACCCAAGCUCAACUACCGAGUGCCCAGCCGGGGCCACAAAUUCACUGUGACGCUGUCCUGUGGCCGACCUUCCAUCCCAACCAUGGCUUCAGAGGAUUACAUCUGGUUCCAGGCACCAGUGACACUUAAAGGCUUCCAUGAAUAAUUGAAUAAGGGUGCUGGCUGAAUUCUCUCCCCCUGUGGUACCACCCACCCAUCUCUUGUUUGGGACUGAAGCUGCUUUCUGGUGAGGGAGGAGGCUGUGUCCUGGCUGUGUGCCUCUCCUCCCCAGACUUCCUGGUGACUGAUGGUGCAAGGCUGUGACUGGGAUAAUCAUCUGAUAAUCAUCGAGCAAAGUCCCUGAAUCAAUGAUUGACUCCCAAAAGCCCCUGGACUAGGUGGUUCUGUUUGUGAUUGGAAAGCAAAGAUGGGUCAGUAGACUCUCAUGGAGGAGGCCCUUCUCUGCCCUGUGCUAUGACUUUUCAGAACCGU